AUGGCUGGAGAUGUACAAAAUAUUGUCGACGCUGUGACGAAAGCUUUCGCGAAGCAUGAUACGGAAGCUAUUAAAGGCAUUUUAAGACAAGGUUGCCAUGCACAUUACAUCUUCGCUUCGGUAACGGAUAGUUCUUCUCGACUAUCUGCCAGGGAUCUGUUUCUGCAAGUGAAUGCUACUGUACCAGGAAACUUCGAUCAUCGCUAUUUUAUACCAAAUUAUGAUGACCUCUUAUGCAAUGUGCUUCUUCAUCUAGCAGCUUACAUUUCAGAUUAUGAGUUAAUCACAUUACUUGUAGAACAGGGAGCCGAUAUUACGAGCACAGAAACAAAAGGAAGAACAGCCCUGAAUAUUGCUUCCCAAUAUGCAUCUUUAGAAAUUGUAAAGUUCCUAAUAGAGAAUUCGCCCACGCAAAUUCUUGACCUCCCUGCUGAGAAUGGAUAUGCUCUCUUAAAGAAUGCUUGUUUGUAUAAUUGUCCAAAGGUUGUGCAGUUUCUAUUAUCGCAAGGCAUUAGUGUGACCGCAAAUGAAAAAAAGCGAAUCCCUAUAUUGAUUUCUAUAUUUCAUAAGGACGCAGAAUACGUAACCCCUGUUGUAUCUCUACUUUUAGAUGAUGGUGCAAAGAUUAACCUCGGCAACCAUGCAUUGGGAACACCACUGAUACUUGCUAUAAAUAGUGCUUACAUUGCAAUGAAUCAUUCUGCCGAUUCCUCAUAUUCCUCAUAUGUGGAUUUGUGUUUCAUGUUGAUAAAACGUGGAUGUGAUGUUAAUGCUGCUCAUUCUGAUGGUAAGACAGCUCUACAUUUCGCUAUUAAAAGAGAUCUUGAAACUGUAGUUCGAAAACUUUUGAUUUCCGGAAGUGAUAUCGACAGCCGUGACGUGUUUGGGAAUACCGCAUUACACUUUGCAUGUAGGAAUGGCAGCAAGCGAUUAGUUGAUCUCCUCAUAAUUUCUGGUGCUGAUUUACGGGCCAUAGAUCGAGAAACAACUUUAAUACAGUGGAGAAGUUUGGGAAAAUUAAAUGAGAGAAACACUCAGCUCUUAAAUUAUGUCAUUAAUGAGUCUAAGCAGUGCCUCAGUUUAGAAAACAUGUGCCAUAUAACGAUUAGGAAGUAUAUAAGGAAUGUAGAAAAAGACGCCAUCCAUCUUGGACUACCCGCAUUACUCAUGAAACGUAUACAACUUAAAGACUGAUGUAAUAUAAUUUAUUGGCAAAUGUAUAAAAAGGUUG